AUGGACCUCCUCGCACAGUACAGCGACAGCGAGGGGGAGGAGGCCAAAGCAAAGGCCAAGGCCACUAGCACGUUGCCAACCGGAGCUGCCCCGAAGGCAGUCUCACGAAAGCCAAUAGCGGGAGUCGAUCUGGCGCUGCUGCCAUCUGUGGAUGCAGCACCACAUGUCGACACCAUUGGCCUGGGCGCCGUGACGCAGUGGGCUUACAACACCGCCGACAAGCGGAUCCUGACAAACCCAACAAUAGCAGCACUCAGCAAGCCUCUACAAGGGCCCCUCGAGGAGGGAAAGUGUAGCCUAGAGCAGAACUACAACAAUCACAAGAUGGGGCGAGUAGAGAAAGCAGCCAUGAGCAAAUUUGCCUUCGAUCAGCAGUAUCUCACCUUCCACAACUACGGGUAUGCUGCGAAUCCUUGCAAGAACAUUCCCGAGGGAGAAGAGAUGAUAGUCAGCACGGAAGCCGAGUUUCAAGAGGGCCGUGGUAUUUGGGACAAACCCCGCAAAAGGCAACGAUUGGAAGGCCCUGACAUGCCAGACGCAGAUCGGCCUGGCAAGGGGCACGCUGAAUCUGCCAAGUGGGGCGGCUUCAUCGAUGGCGACGUUGUGAGGAAGCAGCUUGAAGUGGAAGUGAAGGCAAGAGAAGAGGAGGUAGCCAGAAGAGCCGAAGAGGAGAGAGCAGUCGAAGGCGAAGAGAGGGAAACGAAGGAGCGUGUCACCUCCAUCUUCCACGGCAACAAGGAGACCGACUAUGCUGGCCGGUCUUGGAUUGAGAACAAGACCAACAUCACCAAAGACGUUGAUGACAAGCAGUGCUUCUUGCCCAAAAAGUGGGUGCACACGUGGUCGGGGCACACGAUGGGCGUGCAGAAAAUUAAGUGGUUCCCGAAGACCGCCCAUCUCCUCCUGUCAGCUGGCAUGGAUGGUAAGAUCAUGAUCUGGGACUACCACAACCAGCGGAAGUGUCUCAGAAGUUAUAUGGGACACGACCAAGCCGUUCGGGAUAUCGCCUUCACAGCAGAUGGCCGCCGGUUUUAUAGUGUCUCCUAUGACAAAAACGUCCAGUACUGGGACACAGAAACAGGCCAAAUCAUCUCAACAUUCACAAACAAGAAAACGCCAUUCUGUGUGUCGGUUCACCCGGAUCCGUCUCAGCAGAACGUUAUUGUUACUGGAUGCUCGAACAAGAAGGCAGUGCAGUGGGACUCCAACACUUGCACCAUUGUGCAGGAGUAUGAUGAACACAUGGGCGCUGUCAACACAGUGACAAUUUGUGAGGAUGGAAAGCGAUUGCUCACCUCUUCAGAUGAUAAGAAGAUGUUCCUGUGGGAGUUUGGCAUUCCGGUCGUCAUCAAGCACAUCGCUGAGCCGACCAUGCACUCAAUCCCCCAGAUCGUCGUCAGCCCUGACGAGAAGUACCUUAUAGGGCAAUCCAUGGACAACAAGAUUAUAGCUUAUGAGGCGUUUGGACGCUUCAAGUUCAUAGCGCGAAAAACGUUCAAGGGCCACCUCAAUUCAGGCUAUGCCAUCACGCCUGGUUGGUCAGCCGAUGGCCGGUGGGUCAUGUCCGGCGAUGCCGAUGGCAAGCUGUGGUUCUGGGACUGGGCCAAAUGCAAGAACUAUCGCGUCCUCAAAGCUCAUGACGGAGUCUGUACUGGCUGCCUGUGGCACCCAAUACAGACUUCGCGCGUCGUUUCCUGCGGCUGGGACGGUGCCAUCAAGCUUUGGGACUGA